CAUGGAUCUUGGUGAUAGUAGCUCAAACCACUCUUUAAUGCCCCCUUCGACGGGCUCCUCUGGUCUCUUCAACUACUCUGGAUUUGAAGAUGACGUCAAAGAGACAUCACAUCUGUCUGUGGAUGCAAGUUUUCCAUCGAACAAUGGACCCAGCAUGAGCGGCAGUCUGACUCAACCAAUGACCAACCCAGAGAUUAUUGCUAAUAUCUCACAAGUUGAGAUUAUGAUGCAGGAUAACUCACAGGAUAUUCCUGAUGCCAGUAAAGAGGAGCCUGCAAAAAGCUCUAAGAUUGGUUGGCCUAAGGGGAAGAAGCGUCGUAGACUGAAGGACGUCAACGCCCCGAGAGCUCCACUCACUGGUUACGUACGAUUCCUGAACGACAGACGGGACAAAGCAAGGGCUGACAAUCCGAACAUGUCGUUUGCGGAGAUUACCCGUAUGCUUGGCAAGGAAUGGACCACACUCUCACAGAAUGAAAAACAGUGCUACCUGGAUGAAGCCGAUCGCGAUAAGGAGCGAUACGUCAAGGAGCUGGAGAACUACCAGCAGACGGAGGCCUACAAGGUGUUUGCCAAGAAGCAACAAGAGAGAAAGAAAAAGGUUGAGGCCGGAGAGGAAAACGACACACAAACAAAUGGAACCGGACUAGAGUACACCGAUGAGAUUCGUCUUGAUGAUGAGUUACCAGGGUUUGACGUUCCUAUCUUUACAGAAGAGUUCCUCAAUUACAACAAAUCUCGUGAGAAUGAGCUCCGCCAGCUCCGGAAAUCCACCACGGAGUACGAAGAGCAGAACGCCAUCCUUCAGAAGCACAUCGACAACAUGAAGACAGCCAUCUCAAAGCUAGAGACAGAAGCAGUGCAACAGCGGAACACCAACGUGACGUUACAGCAGCACCUGCAGACACUCAGGGUAUCGCUCACGACAAGCUUUGCCGGCGUCACUCUACCUGUAGGUUCUUCAGAGGAGACCCCUACCCUGGCAACCAUCGAUGCUUACAUGACAAAGCUGCAUCAACUCAUACUAGACUCACCGCAGGAGAAUGCAAACCUCAUAGCAACAGUCAGAGAAAUAGUCGGCAAACUUGACUUACAGAGCGAUCCCAAGUUAUGACCAAUGGAAGACACUGACUGAGUUGAGUACAUGAGUACAACCCAAGAGACUUGCCAUCUAGCGUCACCUGUUUACUUAAAGAUCAUCAAAUGGUGUAGAGGUAGCCCUUCGGGGGUAUCAGUUCCCAGUCUAAAUCUAUUAGAAGGCAACUCUUGCUUUGAUUUGAUGGAUUAAGAGCUCUGUGUGUCUCGGCUAUGGAAUAAAAAAUUCAUAGGGUGUUUUAAUUGGAUGCAUGUUUCAUCAAGUUCAAACACAAUCAGUGGCUGUAAAAAUGUGUUUGGAGGUGGAGUGAAAAGAACUGUGGAAGGUAACAAGUCCAAGUGUAUGGGUAAAAACCAAAGUUAAUAUUCUGUAUCCCGGUUGCAAAUUUAACAUCUAUUAUAUAUUGUUGCGGC